CACAUACACUAUCCAACGCCAAACCAAUCCUGGACUCAUUGCCAAGCUCUUACAGUAUCCUCCGUAUGUUUGAAAUGGCCAGGAAAUGUUCGCAAACGGUCAAUCCUCUCAAUCCGGUAAAAGAUGCAACCUCAGCACUGCCACCAUGCUGCUUGUGGUGCGAAAAUUACAUUGCUGAUAGCCCUAUCCUACGAGUACCUAUCCUUAUUGUCGUAUUCUAAGAGAGGGCAGCCAGCCGUCGCAGGCAAGGAGUACGGCGCAUACGGUGCAAUUCAAUUAUUAUUUUUAAUAGGCAGCGGAGCGUUUGCCAUGGGCAUGGGCUUGGUGGUGGUGGUGGUGGUGGUGGUGGUGGUGCAUUGCGUGUCUCAGUUGCUUCCUUCAAACCUGAGCCGUGGCAGCGUGGCAGGCUACUCAUUUCCAAGGCUACCCAAGAUAUUACCAUCAAGAGGGCCAGCACCAAAGAGAAUUAAAAUGGCAAUGUUGAAGAUCAGGCCAAGGACUGGUCAGUAUUUAUUCGGCUUGCUUCAUCCUCGUCCUGUUCUGUGAAUACGGUGCCUUGUAAUGACUACUGCACUGCCUAG